AUGAGGGUAGCUCAUGCCUUGGCGAUACUGGCGGCAUGUCUGGCCACACAGGCAAAACGACCCAACAUCCUCUUCAUCCUGACCGAUGACCAGGACUGGCAUAUGGAAAGCGUUGAGCACAUGCAAUCACUAAAGUCGGAUAUUGUCAAUAAGGGGGCGUCUUUCGAUAGGCAUUUCUGCACGGUGGCCUUGUGUUGCCCAUCCCGUGCUACCCUCUGCACGGGAAGAGCAGCUCACAACCACAAUGUCACGAAGGUUAGCCCACCUCAUGGGGGCUAUCCCAAGGUUGUUGAUAGAGGUAUUAAUGACGACUAUCUGCCCAUCUGGAUGCAGGAGGCAGGCUACAACACGUAUUACUCCGGCAAGCUGUGGAACUUCCACAACGUGAACAACUACAACUCGCCGUACGUAAAAGGGUACAACUCCUCUGACUUCCUCCUCGAUCCAUACACCUAUCGCUACUGGGACUCCAAGAUGACGCAUAACGACGAAGCACGGGUCAGCUACGCGGGGAAGUACUCCACGGAUGCGGUGGCUGACAAGGCCUACGCACUGCUGGAUGAGGCGUUGUCGCACGAGGAGCCGUGGUUUCUGACCGUCAGCCCCAUCGCGCCGCACUCAAACUGGGUCUUCGACGAGAAGACCAACACCUCGUAUCUCAGCAUGCCGCAGAGCGCCUACCGCCACGAGCACCUCUUCAACGACUACCAGAUCCCCCGUGGCAAGAGCUUCAACUCGGCUAUAGAGGGCGGCGCCAGCUGGUGGCGUCAGAGGCUGCGUGCUCUGCAGGCGGUAGACGAGAUGGUCCACGAACUCGUCGAGAAGCUGGCGGAUGAUGGAGAGCUGGACAACACUUAUAGUUUCUACACGACUGAUAACGGCUACACAUCAGCCAGCACAGCAUGCAACCGGGUAAGGAAUGCGGCUACGGUAUGUGACACCGAUAUCCACGUCCCGUUAUUCGUCCGCGGGCCCGGCGUUGCCGCGGGUGCGCAGUUCGACUCGGUGACAACGCACACCGACAUCGCGCCCACGCUCCUCAGAAUUGCCAACGCAGACAAGCAGCUGGACGGCGAGAAUUUCGAGGCGGGAAUCCACUUCGGCCUCUACCCCAACAAUACCUACAAGGGGCUGCGGCUCGCCGGCGACGGCUUCAGCGUCUACUACUCGGUCUGGUGCACGGGAGAACGCGAGCUAUUCGACCUCCGGGCCGACCCCGAGCAGACGCUGAACCUCCUGUCGGAAGCAGGUGCCCAUGCAGCAUCCCGCUUCGCCGUGUCCGGCAGGCCCAUCAGCGACGUCGUGCCCCGCCUGGACGCCCUCAUGAUGGUGCUCAAGGACUGCAAGGACCGGACGUGCAUGCGGCCGUGGGGGGGUGCUGCACCCCGCGGGCGGCGUCGCAUCGCUGCACGAGGCCCUGGGCCCCCGUCUACGACGCGUUCUACCAGGGUCAGCCGAAGAUGA